AUGAGUAAACCAAAGUCGGCUAUUUCAAGUCUCUCUCCAAGUAAGGAGAUGAUGGACUUAAAGUCUUUAAUGCGCCAGAGAACUGUUGCAAAAACCAGCAUAGUGCGCAUAAAAACUGGCCUCCUUGAAAAGACCAUGUCGCUAGAUCCAAUCGAAUUGGAGUGCCGACUCGACAUAUUGAACUCCCACAGCGAAAAACUCAUGAAAUGUCAGUCGAAAAUUGAGGAAAUCGACGAAGAAGACAUUGCCCGUGGAGAGUUAGAGGACUUAAUUGUAGAAACAAAGUCCAUUAUAAAGUCCAUUCUGGCGAGAAAUAAAUCGUCAAUUGCCGAAACAUCUUUUACUGCACCUCACAGCUCGCGACUACCAAAAAUGUCGUUACCUACGUUCAAAGGAGAAUAUUCCGAGUUUAAAAACUUUAUGAGUCUGUUUGAGAGUUUCGUGCAUAAUGAUCCCACAAUCCCGGAUAUUGAAAAAUUUAAUCAUUUAGUAUCAUGUCUAUCCGGUGAAGCCUUAGGCACAGUGAAGUCCUUCCAAAUGUCGGAAGAAAAUUAUCCAAAGGCGUUGGCAAGUUUGAGAAAGGUUUAUGACAAUAAAUGCCUGAUAUUCUUUAAUACAGUGUCUAAACUUUUUGAAUUGUCAAAAAUCCAAAGGCCUUCUGCGUCGUCUUUGCGAUCAAUGAUCGAUACAGUGUCUGCAGUAUAUGACUCCCUCUUAUCGCUGGGUGACGAUAAACUUAUUUCAAAUGCGAUGUUGAUUCACAUAGUCAUGUCGAAGGUUGAUCCCACUACUCGGUCAAAGUGGGAGGAGCAACUUGACUAUGAUAAGCUGCCGCUUUGGGCUGAGUGUGAAGCUAUGCUAAACAAGAGGUACCAGCAUUUAUCAGCUGAAGAAGCUUCCUCAUCCCAACAAAGGCCAAAUAAUGAAGAUACGCGGCAGAAAACAAAAAAUCAACAACUGCGACACUCAAAGACAACAUUUAUCGCGACAAAUUCCAAACUGCCGACUUGCCUUCACUGUGGUUCCAAGGACCAUUAUUUGACAGCUUGUCCAAAAUUCCAAGCGCUUACUGCACUUAAAAGAUUUGAAUUAGCAAAAUCUAUUUCCCUGUGCAUAAAUUGCUUGCGCAAGGGACACACGGUCUCAAAGUGCAAAGCAGAUCGCUGUGGUGUAUGCAACCGUUCGCAUCACACCAUGUUGCAUCAAUAUCCGAUCUCCUUUGAGACCGAGCCGCAACCUUCGACGUCACAGGCCAUGCAUAUUAGCAGCCUGCCUGACCGAGUCAUGUUAGCUACAGCCGUAGUUAAUGUAAAGGCCAGCUCCGGUGUUUACGUGCAAGCGCGAGCCCUACUUGACUCCGGUUCUCAAGUCCAAGGCAAGCUUAAAACUUAUAUAAAAUCGAGGAUCAACAAUUUUGAAUUUUCGGCGGACUUUUGGGUAAUGCGUUCGAUAUCAGUCAAUCAUCCAGAUCGGGCUGUAAACACAAAUGGCUGGAAAAUCCCACAAAAUAUUGAACUAGCUGACCCAAGUUUCUACAAGUGUCAGAAAAUAGACAUACUUCUAGGAGCUGAAAUAUUCUUUGAUCUGUUAUCGGUGGGUCAGAUCAGAACCAGCCCAAGGCAGCCAACGCUGCAAAAAACUGUGUUAGGCUGGAUAAUUUCAGGCAAGUAUGCCACAAAUAAUAGCUCCAGUGCCCAAGUAAGUAGCACAUUAUGUCAAUUUGAAGAAAACGUUGCUAGUAUUGAUACCACAAUCCGAAAAUUCUGGGAAUUGGAAGAAAUACCUGCACAAAUAAAUUCCACACGACUGACUCCAGAGCAGGCAAAAUGUGAGGAAUUUUUUUCGAAAACCACACAGGUUUUACCAUGUGGAAGGCUUCAAGUCAGACUGCCUUUCAAAACCGACCGUAAAUUACUCGGUCAUUCGUAUGAAACCGCAGCUCGGCGGUUUCAGGCGCUGGAGAGAAGGACGCUGAAAGAUCCAGUACUUCGUAAAAUGUACCUGGACUUCAUGCAAGAGUAUCUCGAAUUGGGGCAUAUGAGUCCAACAAAUAAUCGACUCCCGAGUGAGCCGCACUAUUUCAUUCCGCACCAGUGUGUGUUAAGACCGCAGAGCACAACUACCAAGUUGCGCGUAGUUUUUGAUGCUUCGAGUCGCACAUCAACACAAGUUGCGUUGAAUGAAACCUUAAUGGUCGGACCGAUCGUUCAAGAGGAGCUUUUUUCGACCCUCCUUCGCUUCCGAUUGCACAAAUAUGCCAUGACUGCUGACAUCACGAAGAUGUAUCGUCAAAUAUUGGUGCACGAAGACGACAGGAACUUCCAGCUCAUAGUGUGGAGACAGGAUCCAUCGGAGCAUUUGCAAAUUUUUCGAUUAAACACCGUAACAUACGGCACAGCGCCUGCACCAUUUCUCGCCACACGGUGUCUGCAAAUGCUAAGCGACAAAAAUAAAGCCAAAUAUCCACUCGGUUCCAAAGUCAUUCGGAAUGACUUUUACGUCGACGACCUAUUAACAGGAUCCGACAGUAUAGAAAGCCUCACCCAGAUACAACAGGAAGUAAAUAUAAUUUUAGAAUCGGCAGGCCUGAAAUUAGCAAAGUGGUUUUCCAAUCAUACAAGCUCAUCGAAUAGUGAGAGUCUCCAAAAAUUAUUGCAGCUCAGCGAUACCGACUCCACCAAAACGCUGGGAAUCCACUGGCAGCCGAAAGAUGACAUUUUUCGCUUCAUUCUGGAAGAUAAUUUUAGCGAGCUGCGAGCAACUAAACGUAAUAUUUUAUCCGUUUCCGCUCGCCUCUUUGACCCUCUUGGUUUAUUAGCCCCGCUAGUUACCAAAGCUAAAAUCUUAUUACAAGAGCUUUGGAUUCAAAAGCUAGACUGGGAUGAGUCGAUUCCAUUGCGGCUUGACACUAGCUGGCAAAACUUUAAAGCCAAUUUGUUGCAGCUUCCAUCAAUUAGCAUUCCUCGGUUCAUUGGGCGCCGAGGGAUGCCAGCCAAAAUAUACUGCGACAACGCGACGAACUUCGUGGGAGCAGAGAGGAAGCUGAGAGAGCUCCGGGAAGCCUUUCUGGCACAGAAAGAGGAGAUUCUCCAAUACGCCGCCGACGAAGGAUUCAUCGUCGCCUUCAUACCUCCGAGGGCACCCCACUUCGGCGGCCUGUGGGAAGCAGCAGUGAAGUCGGCCAAACAUCUGCUGGUGCGCGCCGUAGGCAACGCGCUGUUAACCGCCGAAGAAAGCGCAACGCUUCUCGUCGAAGUAGAAGCGGUCCUGAAUUCCCGACCGCUCGCACCACUCAGCAACGACCCCAACGACGGCGAGGCGCUAACGCCGGCGCAUCUACUAAUCGGUUGCCCCUUGCGAGCUUUGCCACCGGAGAAGGUACCCGUCAACCUCAGCCGCUGCUUAGAGAGAUGGCAGCUUGUUUGCUCUCUCAAGCAACAAUUUUGGCGCGCGUGGUCGAAGAGCUACCUUCUGGAGCUUCAGCAGCGCAACAAAUGGGUGCACCCGCAGCCCAACGUCCAACCAGGCCAACUCGUCGUCGUCCACGAAGACAACGUACCACCGCAGCAUUGGGUGCUCGGUCGAGUAACCGCAACCAUUCCCGGAGCGGACGGCAAAAUUCGAGUCGCAGACAUCACCACUAGGUCGGGUGAAGUACGACGCCCUAUUCACAAACUCGCCGUGCUGCCGGUGGAAAGCAAGAAUUGA